AUGUGUAAUGUAAAUAUUAUUGUUAAAUUUUUGUGGAAGACGCAGUUUGUAUUUAAGUGAAUUUAUAUACGUAUAAGUAUAGAAAUUGAUCUGCGCAAAUAUUUCUGAUAAUGUGCUAAUUUUGUCUGCUGACUGUGGGCAAAUCUUAAUAACGUGACAAAGGCGCCUUUCUCUUUUAAUUUUCUUUAUUCUAAGGCACGGAAACAGUAAAAACCUAGUUUGAUAGUUCCAGAAAUAGACUACAACAUGGCGAAAGCAAACAGCAGUGUAUUUACAUUUUUGCUAGCAACAUUUAUUUUGUUCAAUUAUUGUGCAGCAUAUUCGGCGCUUGAAGAUGCACGCAUAAUUGCAGAAUAUAAACGUUAUUUGCGUAAAACCGAUCAUGCUGCAGUUGCCCGCAGUUUGGUGCAUAAAACUAAUUGGGCGUCAGUGGGUAGCAUAUCCACAAAUGAUAAAAUUGCAGACUAUCCCAUGGUAAACAUAAUCUCGGUGGAUGACAGCGCUGUGGAUGGUACGUCCACAGGGCGCAUACAUUUUUUGCUAACUGAUUUGGAUUUCACUGGUCCUGACUGGAAGCAUAUUAAUAAAGUCACCUUUCUGUUCUCCGAUGACCAAACUUUGAAUUGCAAAAAUCAUGGACUUGAUCCAAUGGAGCCGACAUGCCCACGUACCAUAAUUAGCGGAAAGGUUAAAGAGUUGGACAAAAAUGAUAAGAAUUACAACGACUGGUUGCAGGCAUUCACAGUUCGCCACCCAGCUGCGAAGUCUUGGAUUAAAGCACAUAGUUUCUACUUAUGCGAACUGGAAAUAGAAAAUAUUUUCGUAUUGGACUUCUAUGGCGGUCCUCACAAUGUCGCUGUGAACGAUUAUUAUAACGCGAAACCGAACUAAUUCAUGUCGGAUAGUGAUAAAAGUCAACGACUGAGAUAUAAAUGGAUGUUCAACAUACCACAUUUGGUGCUUUGUAAUUAAAUAUAGGCAUACCUCUUCUAUUUUGUGUUAAUAGAAACAGUUACACUUAUAUAUUUUAUAAACUCUUAUUGUACUAUCCACAUUAGCUGCUUAAAAAGCAAUUUUUAAUAUUUUUAACUUACAGUGAGACUGGUUUAUAAUAAAGCAAUAUAUAAAAAAUUUA